AUGCUCCUCGAACAGAACGCCUGCGCGUGUGGCACGAACCCAAGGUCGCGCAAGUCAGCGAAGAUUGUCUAUAUCGUCACCGAUACACGCUACACUACUGCGGCCGAUUUCGAUGAAGGGAAGGGAACGACCUUGCUCGACUCAGUGCACACCACACCCCGAGCAGCCAACGUUCGCGCCAGAAAGGUCAUGUACGCCCGCACCAGUCCCGGUUUUGAAAUAGACGAAGACAAGAUUAUCGAUGAGGUGAAAAACGGCCUUUACACUGGCAUUGGUGUUGGUGGUGCUGAGAAGGACGGAUGCUAUGCAAGGAACAAGCAGCUGGGCCAGCUGGCAUAUGAAAGACGGAAAACGAGCGACAUUGCAUCCACAAGGGGAAGGGCGGAUGAGGGACAGGGCGGCUAA